AGUUAUGUAUUCCGAUGCUCAAAGACUACGACUUUUUUAGACUCUUGUUACAGAGCAAGAGAAGCGUUGGCUCAGCGGUUGCGUGCGACAGCGAAAUGAACUUAAUGUAACUUUUGAGCUCCCAGGAAUUUUCAGCUCCAGACUACAUCUGAUGUACCAGCUGACUAUUGAGACUACCCUUCCAAGGAGCCAUGGCCGACGUGGAGCUGGCUGCCCUCCCGAACAGGAACGACCUCUCCCCGUCCCCCGCCGCCCCUCACGACGAAGCCGCGCGAAACGAUGGCGAUGACGACGAGCGCAAGACCUGGUCGUCGCCGCUCGACCAUCUGGGGAUCCUGCUGUGCUUCGUCGGGGGAAUCGGACAAGUCCUUCGGUUUCCGUCUUAUUAUUUCAUUAAUGGAGGAGGAGCUUUCCUUAUCGUCUAUCUUCUCCUGCUGGUCCUCCUUGGGAUUCCUCUCCUGCUACUGGAGUCCUUCAUAGGGCAGUUCAGCUCCUCCAACAGCUUAGGGGCAUACUCUUCCUAUCCUGCAUUCAAAGGCAUUGGAAUAGCGAACUGCAUAGUGAUGAUACUGAUCGCCCCCUGCUUCACGGUGUCCAUCGGCUUCUCGCUCCUUUACCUGGUGUAUUCUUUUACGUACAUAGACAAGUGGGGGUUCUGUGGACACUACUGGAAUACUGACUCCUGUGUGGAUAUCGGUAACUACAACGAGUCUACUAGUCUACAUGACUACUAUUGGACUGUUCCAGCAAUGGAAUUCUUCGAGUAA